CCCCUCUUAACAACGACGCUGCACACAUAAGCCAAUCAUUUCGGCGAUUUUGCCAGCCCAUCCUGUGUGUGUGUCUCUCUCUCUACAUCUCGUUCUGCUCCCUCAGCUUCCUCUCCCGCCGGAAAACCUAUUUUCCGGUGGCUAUAGGGGAGGUCAGGUCUUGGUUUUUUGAAUUCGUUUGAUGGGUGGGUGUUAAAUACAUUUAUAAGCUUCUUCAUCAUUAUUUAUAUUUGGGGACCUUUCCUUACAAGUUUCUGCAUCUUCUUUCCUCAACUUCACCCAUUUUCCGUGGUCGUGGGAGAAGUCAAUUCCUUGGUCUCUGUUUUUUUGUUUCUUUUGGUGGUUAGGUCUUAGAUUCAUUCAUUGAGGCUUAUAUCUCUGUCCACAAGUCCCUGCCUUUUCCUUUAUUAACUUUCUCUCUCCUUCCGGGAAACUCAUUUGUCAGUGGUUGAUGAGGAAUCAAAUUGCAGGAUCUUCCUGGGUUUGUAAUUUUUUGGUGGGUUGCAGUUAGAUAUAUUCAAUAACAUAUCUAUCUGUAUACAGAGAAUUGUUUGGAUUGUAGAUAUAGGUAUGGUGAUGAAGGUGGAGUCGCCAAGGAAAUCAAUAAAUAAUGUCUUUCAGAGAGUUGGGGUAUAUGGUUUUGGAGGAGGGAGCAGCCAGAAGAGAUGCAAGUAUGAUAUUCAGGAUGAAGAUGACACCAUGGAAAUGGUGCAGAUUGGUGCUGAGAGGACCAAGAAUGUGCUGAUCUUGAUGAGUGAUACUGGUGGUGGUCAUCGAGCUUCGGCUGAGGCGAUUCGUGAUGCAUUCAAAUUGGAAUUUGGGGAUGAAUACAGGAUUUUUGUCAAGGAUGUUUGGAAGGAGUACACCGGCUGGCCGUUGAAUGAUAUGGAGCGGCAGUAUAAGUUUAUGGUUAAACAUGUACAGCUUUGGAAUCUCACAUUUCACAGUACUUCUCCUCGAUGGAUACACUCUGUCUAUCUUGCUGCCAUUGCUGCCUUCUAUGCCAAAGAGGUUGAGGCUGGUCUAAUGGAGUACAAGCCCGAUAUUAUCAUCAGUGUCCAUCCUCUUAUGCAACAUAUCCCUUUGUGGGUUCUAAAAUGGCAAGGCUUGCAGAAGAAAGUAAUUUUUGUGACAGUCAUUACAGACCUCAAUACCUGCCAUCGCACCUGGUUUAACCCUGGAGUUAAUCGUUGCUACUGCCCUUCGGAGGAGGUAGCAAAGAGGGCUUUGCUAGAUGGCCUGGAAGAAUCUCAAGCACGUGUUUUUGGCUUGCCUAUCCGGCCCUCUUUUUGCCGUGCGGUUCUCUCCAAGGAUGAUUUAAGAGUAGAACUUGAGAUGGAUCCAACAUUACCAGCAGUUUUACUGAUGGGAGGUGGUGAAGGCAUGGGCCCUGUGAAGAAAACUGCAAAGGCUCUUGGGGAAUCUCUAUAUGACAAAGAACUUGAAAAACCUAUUGGGCAAUUGAUCAUCAUAUGUGGUCGUAAUAACGCCUUGGCCGCUACUCUAGAAUCACUUGAAUGGAAGAUCCCGGUUAAGAUUAGAGGGUUCGAGAAGCAGAUGGAGAAGUGGAUGGGUGCUUGUGACUGUAUUAUUACGAAAGCGGGACCUGGUACAAUUGCUGAAGCAUUGAUCCGAGGGCUUCCAAUUAUUCUGAACGACUUCAUUCCUGGACAAGAAAAGGGAAAUGUUCCUUAUGUUGUGGACAAUGGGGCAGGAGUCUUCACCCGAAGUGCCAAGGAGACAGCUAGAUUAGUGGCCGAAUGGUUCAGCACGAAAACAGAUGAACUCAGGAGAAUGUCGGAGAAUGCACUCAAACUAGCACAACCAGAUGCAGUUUUCAACAUUGUGAAGGACAUUCAUGAACUCGCUUGCCAACGAGGACCCCUGGCCAACAUUCCUUACAUGUUGACAUCCUCAUUUUCAAGCUUAAUUUAACCAAAUCGUCUCUCAAUCUGCCAGGACUAAGGUUUUCUCUACUAGGAUGCCUUGUAUAGGUAGCUUUGAUUAUCUCAUUUGUUGGCCACAGAGGCUUGGUGUCCACUUCUUGUAAUUUUUCUCUAGACAAGCUCUGAUUUUUGGUUAGUUCAAAACAAGAAGGGAAAUAAAAAAAGAAAAGAAAAGAAAAAGAACCUCUGAUAUGUUAGGAGAUUUAGUAUUUUCCCCAUUUUUCCCUUUCAAAUGUUUUGGGGAAAACAGAAAGUAUAAUGUAAUGUGUGUUGUUCUAUAUUUUGCAGUGGAAAACCCAAUUUUCCCCCUGAAUUAUCCAUAAUUUGGGUUU